CGGCAUCAGUUCUUCGCAGUUCUUCAAAGAUGCAGGGUUUAGUUGUCGGACGCAGUACGAGCUGAUAACCUGCAGUUGGGAUGUGUGUGUCUGAGCUGCAUGUGCCAUGUGAAGAGACUAAACUAACGGAUUAACCUGCAUAUUUUCAGCCAGAAACCACAGAAGAAAAAAGGGUUUACUGAGGAUUGUAGUCGCUGGAAGGAGAGAAGUUGGCGAAUUCGCAGAGGCCCGCGUGCCAUGCCAGAGGGGACCCAUUCUGCUCUCCACCAGGGCCCAAUGGGGGAAGAAUCUCCUCAGUUGUCCUCGCCCCUCUCCAACAGUGACCAUGUCCAGGGAGGCCUCGAUUUGGGUCCAUACUAUUGCGGCCAGGUAUGCAUGGAGCCACUGGAUGGAGAGGGUGAACGUCCAGUGAGCCUGGUGUCCUCCCUGUCCUCUGGUUCAUCCCGUGAUAGUCACAGUCUUUUCGGGAGCACAGCAGUCCUUCCUUCCUCCACCACACCGCCUAUUCCAAGUGAAGAGGACAUAGAUUUGGAGCUGAGCCCAGCUGAAGGCACCAGAGAGCAGGCUGGGAACCAGAGUCCCACCCUUUCAGGUUCUAGACAUCGCUGGCAGGAACAGCUGGAGCCCAGGUUGAUCAACAGCCAGUGGAAUAACAACAACGGCACAGCCAACAGGAAAGCGACUGGUGAAAUACUUCACAUCCCCUGUUCGCCUGUCGUCGCGGAUGCCAUGGCGCCCAACCCAAAGCUGACCUAUGUGGACCGGGUUGUCAUGGAGAUCAUGGAGACGGAGCGCAUGUACGUCAAGGAUCUGCGCAGCAUUGUAGAGGAUUACUUGGCUCACAUUAUCGAUAUAGGCAACCUUCCCAUACGGCCAGAACAAGUGUGUGCUCUCUUUGGAAACAUAGAGGACAUCUACGAGUUCAACAGUGAGUUGCUGGAGUCUUUGGACAUGUGUGAAAAUGAUCCCGUGGCUAUCGCUCAGUGUUUUGUAAAUAAGAGUGAAUACUUUGAAAUCUACACCCAGUAUUGCACCAACUAUCCCAACUCAGUGGCAGCACUGACCGACUGCAUGAGGAGUAAAACUUUGGCCAAGUUUUUCAGGGAUCGGCAGGCCGCUCUGAAGCGCUCCCUUCCUUUGGGCUCUUACCUCCUAAAGCCAGUUCAGAGGAUACUGAAAUAUCACCUGCUGCUUCAGGAAAUUGCAAAGCACUUUGACCCAGACGAAGAGGGCUACGAGGUCAUUCAGGAGGCCAUAGACACCAUGACAGGGGUUGCUUGGUACAUCAACGAUAUGAAGAGGAAGCACGAACACGCUGUCAGAGUGCAGGAGAUCCAGUCUCUUCUGAUCAACUGGAAGGGCGCUGACCUGACCACCUACGGAGAGCUUGUGCUAGAGGGCACCUUUCAUGUGCUAAGAGCGAAGAACACCCGCACUCUCUUCCUCUUUGAAAAGAUGCUCCUUAUUACCAAAAAAAGAGGAGAACACUACGUCUAUAAGAUCCAUAUCUUGUGCUCCACCCUAAUGCUACUUGACAGUGCCAAGGAUCCCCUGCUCUUCAGUGUUAUCCACUUCAAGCGUCCCAAGCAGCCUCACACAGUGCAGGCCAAGUCUGUAGAAGAGAAGCGUCUCUGGGCCCAUCACAUCAAGAGGCUCAUACUUGAGAAUCACAGCACCAUCGUUCCACAAAGGGCAAAAGAAGCCAUUCUGGACAAUUCAAACUAUCUGGGGAAGUACCAGUAUAGCCCUGAGAAGCUGAAGAAGGUGGAGUCCUGCCAGCCUGAUGACUUCCAUCUCGAAGGAAGAAAUGGGAGAAGGAGAUCAGAGCCAGCCAAACAAAUCAGAAGAAGCACAAAAGCUGUUUUGAAGCACGCAGACAGUGAGGGGGCACUGCUGGGGGCUAGAUGCUCCCUUCAGCCGGCCACUAGUGUCAGUACGCUGACCUCCAGUCUAGGGGAACCCCAGGCUGAGAGCCCAUGUGUGGAGGAUCUAAUGCUGAGAAGGGACACUCUGGAGGAGCUAAGUCCUACUGACAGGGACCCGAAACAGGGCUAUUUACCCAGUGAGGGGGGGCUGGAGCCAGAGAAGGCUGUGGAGGAGGAGGAUGUGGAAGAUGGGGAGAGCUACAAGGAAGAUAUACUGAUGGGAGACGACCAGGUAGCCGACUUUGCCAGCUCAGUGCUCGCAGCCAUCUCCUGCUGGCACUAUAGAGCCAGGUCUUUGCUUUCUACUCACUUCACAACGGAUGAUCAGAACGAAGAUAUUGCUGAGCUGAAAACUCUGCCAAGAGAGGAUGCAGAAGCUUACAGGCAGGUGGAAAAACAUGAGGCUGAUGCUCUGAAAGAAAGUUGCAGCUUGCAGGUCAGUAUGCAGGAGCCGUGCAAUCUAGACUGUCUUCCUCAAGCAAAUGAGAGCAAUCAGCUGGAAGAGGAUCACUUCCAGUGCCCUGAGUCUCCUGUGACCCCCUCAGAACAAGAAACUGAGACCUCAGGACCUCAGGAUAGCUCAAGAGAAACUGGAGAGGAAGAAGAAGGAGAGAGUGAUUCCUCUGGUCUUCAAGUGGAGGAGGCGAGUGUACUGACAAAUGGAGAGCUCUCAGAAGAGGAAGAGGAGGUAAUCUCGGGUAAUAAAAGCAUCCUACCUUCCUCUGUGCUAGACCAGGCGAGUGUGAUAGCUGGACACUUCAGGGGCAACCUAUCUAGACGGAGCAGUGUAAUGUCAGAGGACAUGGGUUCACUUGUCUGCCCCUCAGAGUCCGCGGAUGAUGAUGCCUUCCACAGCCCUUCAGCUUGCAUGGAUUUUGAGAAACAGACCCAAAUGCUGCUCAGCUCCUCAGCAGAGCUGAAAACUAGCUCAGAGGCUAAUCAGUCAGUUCCUGUGCAUGAACUUGGGCUGAAUGAAGGGGAACGCAGGUCUACGCUCUCCAAACAAGAUCGCCUCCUCAUCCACAAAAUUCGACAGUACUACGAGCACGCUGAGCACCAAGAUGCUAACUUCAGCAUCAAGCGCAGGGAGAGUCUGUCUUAUAUUCCAGCAGGUCUGGUCAGGAACUUGAGCCAACAGCUUAAUGAUAAUCCUGCUCCUCAGGAGAGGGCCGUCCCAGCUCUUAGGAAAGGUCUCUCUCAGAACAGGCCUACAUCUUGGUCUGUGUUUGACCUUCCUGGAUUACAAACGAGUCAAAACACUGAAAAUUAUGUGCCACAGAGAUCAUUCGAGGCCCAGGCUAGUUCUAACAGCAUUUCAGACAAUUCAGGCACAGAAGAGGAAUUCAGGCCUUCAUCAGAAAUGCUCAAGGUUUGGCAAGACAUGGAAAAUGAGGGACAGAGCCAGGAAGCCCAGCAGGAUGCAGAGGAGAAAGUUAGUGAGUCAUUAUUAGAAGUGGCACACGACAUCAGCUCUGAUACUUCAGAUGCUAAAACCGAUAAGCAAUCACCUCAGGUCCUAGACGAGUCUGAAAUGAGCACCGCCUCCAAUACCCUCUCCACGUUGUCGCCUAUCCCAACUUGCCAAGGAGGAUCUGGUCAGGGCUCCGAGAUCCCGGUGUUUCAAGAGAUCGGUAAAGACAACCAAGGUCAACUACCCAAGAUCAUUAGCUUCCGAACAAGCAUAGAUGAGGACCAGAUCCUUCAAGACAUGGGAAAGAUGAAGAACAAGGUGUUCCAGUUGGCUCGUCAGUACAGCCAGCGCAUUAAAAAUAACAAACCCAUUGUUUGGCAAAGGAGCCGAGAAACUGCAAACCAGGAAGGCUUCAGGGACAUGCCUGCUGUCCACGAGGAGAAGCUGCAGCUUAGAAAAAGGGGUAAACCAAGCCUAAGAUUGCCCAUGAAUGCUUGCAAUCAAGCAGUUAUCCCUGAACUCCAUUCUCCAAGUCCAGUCCUGACUCCCAGCUCUGGAGCCAGCUCCCAGAGCACAGUUACCUGCCCGCAGAGCCCGGAGAUGGAGACCUUCCAUUGGCCUGAUGUUCAGGAGCUGCGCUCCAAAUACACGGAUGCAUCCCAGUCCUCAAAAAUAACCCAUAGCUGCACAGUCCUGAGUGGGAUGGACAAGUGUAAUGGCUGUGAACAUAAAUACAGUAGCUCCUCAGAUCUUCGUAGGUCUGUGACAGACUCUGAAACACUUAGAAAGCAAUCUGAAACCACACGCAGAGACAAAGGCUCCGUAGUAGAAGACUGGCCCCCACACCAGAAACGCUCUCGACUCUAUCCCCUGCUGUGCAGGUGGAAAUCUUUGGACCAUAUGCCUGGGUCUUUACCCCUUCAUGAAGUACAGAACCUUCAGGAUCCUGCCAGGACCUGCCUUAAGGUCAGCCAAGCACAAGAAGGGGAUAACCUCUGUCCCGAGGGCGUAGACAGUGCAGCAAAGUCUGAUCUCCUGAGUUCAGGGAAGACCUCAGAGAGCAAACUUGUGAGAAGCUUACGAGAGAAGUUCCAGAACUUGAGCACAAGUUCAUGAACAUGUGAAUUAUGUAUAUUUUUAUUAGAAUUUGAAACAUUAUCUGACAAAUAUCUCAUACUUGUCCCAACACCCAUUUUUCAUGUUUAUUCUCUUAAAAGAAUGCAACUUUGUGACUGUGCAGUGUUUUUACUAUAGGAGACACCCUGACAUGAUCGCAGCACAGUGUAACACCAGAGACAUAUUAAUGGCUAUUGUCUUCUUAUAAAAUAUGAAUUAUAAUAUUUACACACUGGGUAAAUGUCUGCACAAAGUCUAUGUAGAAAUAUGUAUAUAAUCUCCUGUAUGAAAUGGGAAAACUGGUUGUACUCCCACUGUUAGUGAUUCUUGCUACAGUCGGUAUAGCAAUAUUUCUAUGUAACUGUCAGGGAAGCUCUGACUGAUGUCAGCUCUGCUAUUAGAACAGCCUGUGUCCACAUACCAAAGAUGUUUGCCAUUUUUGUUUUUUAAUUUUGUUUUUAGCAAGUGAUCCUAGCAGUCGUUUGCUUUGUCAUUUACUGUAGCUGCUUCUAAAACGUGUUAAACAUCACUGGAGCUUUAGCCUUCUCAGCAAGUUGUAUAUUUUCUUAAACAUUAUUUAUAAAACUGUAUAUUUGGGAAAUAUUGGCCUCUUGUGAAUACUCAGCUUAGAGCAACCUCAUUUUACUUUUCCAUUUCAGAAAAUGCACUGUUUCAUACUCGCAGUUUCCCAUAUUUUGAAUAAAAACAGAAAUGUCCUUGUCAGUUAUUGGUAAAUGUGCGUUACUGCAGAUCCAUUCAUACCGUGGUUGACUUGGCUUCAAAGACAGCCUUCUAUUUACAUCAAAUAAAUUCAUUUAAAGGCGA